AUGUUCGUUAAGGUCUGCCUGGUGGCGCUUUGCUGCAUUAGCUGCACGACCGUCGUGUCGACGCUGGGACACAAGGCUCACGGCGGGGACGUGUUCACCAGCUCCUUUCUGGUACGCUUCAAGCGUAGCUUGGACAAGCAUCUGGUGCACGAAAUUGCGUCCCGCAAUGGAUUCCAAAACUUGGGCGAGCUUCCUGGCAGCGACGGCACGGAGUACCACUUCAAGCAUACCACCCUGCCGCUGGUACGCACCCGGCGCAGCAUCUCCCACACGCGAGUCCUCAAAAAGGAACCACUGAUCCACACCGCCAUCCAGCAGCCCGGGUUUAAGCGCGUCAAGCGUGGGUUCCGCCAUUCGGUCCCGCUGAACUACAUCCCGGAGAAGGGACCCGGGUACACCGGAGAGAACAUACCGACCGAUCCGUACUUUCCAUUUCAAUGGUACUUGAAGAAUACCGGGCAAAAUGGAGGCAAAGCCAAACUCGACCUCAACGUGCUCGCCGCGUGGGACCAAGGAAUUACGGGGAAAAACAUUACGACGGCCAUUAUGGACGACGGUGUCGACUACAUGCAUGCGGACCUGAAGUUUAACUAUAAUGCCGAAGCCAGUUACGAUUUUAGCAGUAACGAUCCGUUUCCGUAUCCGCGAUAUACGGACGAUUGGUUUAAUAGCCACGGUACCAGAUGCGCUGGUGAGGUAGCCGCUGCCCGAGACAACGGAAUCUGUGGCGUUGGUGUGGCGUACGAUUCCAAAAUCGCCGGCAUUCGCAUGUUAGACCAACCGUACAUGACCGAUCUGAUCGAGGCGAACUCGAUGGGCCACGAGCCGCACAAGAUUCACAUCUACAGUGCCUCCUGGGGUCCGACGGACGAUGGUAAGACGGUCGACGGACCGCGCAAUGCGACCAUGCGCGCCAUCGUGCAGGGUGUGAACGAGGGCCGCAACGGGCUGGGCAACAUCUACGUAUGGGCCUCGGGUGAUGGCGGUGAGGAGGAUGAUUGCAACUGCGAUGGAUAUGCCGCUUCCAUGUGGACCAUUUCGAUUAACAGCGCAAUUAACGAUGGUCAGAAUGCGCACUAUGAUGAGAGCUGCAGCUCGACACUGGCCAGCACGUUCAGCAAUGGGGCAAAGGAUCCAAAUACGGGCGUAGCAACGACCGAUCUUUAUGGCAAGUGCACCACAACACACUCCGGAACGAGUGCCGCGGCACCGGAAGCGGCCGGAGUGUUUGCCCUUGCACUGGAGGCAAAUCCUGUGCUUUCCUGGCGCGACAUGCAACAUCUGACGGUGCUUACAUCGAAGCGAAACUCGCUGUUCGAUGCAAAGAAUCGGUUCCACUGGACGAUGAACGGCGUGGGGCUGGAGUUUAAUCAUCUGUUCGGCUUUGGAGUGCUCGAUGCCGGUGCGAUGGUUUCACUGGCGAAGAAAUGGCGAACGGUUCCGCCGCGGUAUCAUUGCGAGGCCGGAGCUAUCACGCAGAUACAUCGGAUACCAUCAUCUGGAUCACUCUAUCUGCCGAUCAAAACGAAUGCAUGCAAGGGAACCGAUACGGAGGUCCGAUACUUGGAGCACGUCCAAGCCGUCAUCACAGCGAACGCUUCCCGGCGGGGUGAUUUGGAGCUGUUCCUUACGUCUCCCAUGGGCACAAGAUCGAUGAUCCUGAGCAAGCGAGCUAACGACGAUGAUCACCGGGAUGGUUUUACGAAGUGGCCCUUCAUGACGACACACACUUGGGGAGAAUAUCCACAAGGGACCUGGAUGCUCGAGGCCACAUUCAACUCGAAGGAUAGCCGCUCCGGAUGGAUCAAGGAGUUCUCGCUGGUGCUCCACGGCACCAAGGAUCCACCCUACCAGACCCUGUCGCCAGCAUCGCCGCACUCUAAGCUGGCGAUUGUAAAGAAAGCUCACGAGGACAAGGACGGCAAUUAAACUGCACUGCAACUCCCGUCUGCGUACACACAACAAAGAAGAAAUACACUCAAUUUCCACAACCAAAUACACACAAGUACACAGGAACACUCUACAAAUACGCUCUAAUGAUAUCCUGGCUGAUGUCAUUACGCACAUAUAUAGAUAUACAUAUACAUACAUAUAUAUAUUUAUACAUAUGAAUGUUGGUAGCAUUUAUGUUACAGGGGUAGGUGGUAAAACAAACUAUCUUAUAUAGAGCAGCUUUCCAUCAUCUAUGCAAGGAAACAGAAGCAAAAAGAGAAUAACAUAGAGCAAACCGCCAUAUGAAGCAUGAACUGGCACCGAACAACACCGAAUCCGUUCCUUUCCGAGCACUGCAAAUCACUGUAGGAGGUCCUUGGUGUGGUACAGAGGGGGCGGGUGUGGAGGAUGUGAUGAUAACGCAAGAAGGAGCAAGCAUGGCGAACAAGCGUGUCCUGCCGCAACUGGUUCUGAUUGUUGUCCGUUUACGUUGAAGCAGUAGGAAGACGAAGUAUCCAAUCUGUUGUGUUCCGUUAGUGGUUACGGUUCCGUUGGUGUGUGUUACUGUCCGUCUGUUAGUUCGUACCAAUAUAUUGCGUAUCGUAUCGUCCCCAAUAAAGGCAGAAUUAUUUGUAUAUAGGCGUCAACAAACAAACAAAAUACAGUGCAUCUAUAUUACCAGAAACACAGCUGUGCAUAAGUCAUGAUUUUGUAUAACCCGUGAGCCCAGGUGGUAGACACACUUUCUGUGUGUGGGGGGUGUACCACCAGCAUAUGUAAUCUUGCAAUCAGCAGUCUACUAAUAUCGAGGGCAGCAACAGUGGCGUCAGCAGCAGCAGUAGCAGCAGCAACAAGAACAGCAGCAGCAGCAGCAGCAGUAGUAGUAUGACCGACAACAGUUUAUAGGAAACCAUCUCAAGCAACAAAAUCAUUGUGUGAACAGAUGAUCUACAUCUUUGAUAACAUAAAUAAAGGAAUGCAUUUGAACACUUAGUACAAUUUGUUAGAAAGGAUUAAAAUCAGAUCUUUCUUGUAUUGCUGUUUAUCGUAAAACCUUUCAUGCCUGUCGGUACACGAACUUCUUGUAGAAAUCUACUAGUAUACGGGUAAAAAUGUGCAAUUGUUACGCCAUAAUCGAUAUCUACACGAAAAUAAAAUUAUCUACUU